UAUUGCAUUGCAGCCCAUUCCCAAAUACAAAAAUGUGUCUAACUCUUAUAUAUGUGUGAUUCAUUUGAACUUAUAUGCUAAGGAUAAUAUCCAUAAGUUACUUAUCAGUUUUUAUCACUCUUCAAUCUUCUUAAAAGUUUCUCAAAAUCUCUCUGUUUCUUCUUCUUCUUCAUUAUGCAAACCCUAAUUCCCAUCUUCAAAGCUUAAUCCAACACUAUCUCCGACACUGAUGAUGACGUCAUCACUACCUGUCCGAGCUCCGACAUGGGUUUCAUCCCGGAGAAUCUUCGAAGAGAGACUCCAAGAUCUUCCAAAGUGUGCUAAUUUAAGCCAAGUGAAGCAGCUUCAUGCCCAGAUCAUUCGAAGGAACCUUCAUCAAGAUCUUCACAUAGCACCGAAGCUAAUCUCAGCUCUUUCUCUUUGCCGUCAAACCAAUUUAGCUCUUAGGGUUUUCAAUCAGGUUCAAGAACCUAACGUUCAUCUCUGCAAUUCUCUGAUUAGAGCUCAUGCUUUGAACUCGCAGCCGUAUCAAGCUUUCUUCGUUUUCUCUGAGAUGCAAAGAUUUGGUCUUUUCGCUGAUAAUUUCACUUACCCGUUUCUUCUCAAAGCUUGUUCGGGUCAAUCAUGGUUACCUGUGGUGAAGAUGAUUCAUAAUCACAUCGAAAAAUUGGGUCUUUCGUCUGAUAUUUAUGUUCCCAAUGCUCUCAUUGAUUGUUAUUGCAGAUGUGGUGGUUUAGGUGUUAGAGAGGCGAUGAAGUUGUUUGAGAAGAUGGGUGAGAGAGAUACUGUGUCUUGGAAUUCAAUGCUUGGUGGAUUAGUGAAAGCAGGGGAAUUGAGAGAUGCUCGCCAGUUGUUCGAUGAAAUGCCUCAAAGGGAUUUGAUUAGUUGGAAUACUAUGUUGGAUGGGUAUGCUAGAUGUAGAGAGAUGAGUAAAGCUUUUGAAUUGUUUGAGAAAAUGCCUGAGAGAAGUACUGUGUCUUGGUCGACGAUGGUUAUGGGUUAUAGUAAAGCUGGAGAUAUGGAAAUGGCUAAAAUUAUGUUUGAUAAGAUGCCAUUGCCGGCUAAAAAUGUGGUCACUUGGACGAUAAUUAUCGCUGGGUAUGCAGAGAAGGGUCUUAUGAAGGAGGCUGAUAGAUUAGUCGACCAAAUGGUUGCUUCAGGAUUGAGAUUUGAUGCCGCGGCUGCUAUUAGUAUAUUGGCUGCUUGUGCCGAGUCUGGUUUGCUCGGGUUAGGAAUGAGGGUUCAUUCCAUAAUUAAAAGGACUAACCUCAACUCGAAUGCUUCUGUGUUAAAUGCACUACUUGAUAUGUAUGCGAAAUGUGGUAGCGUUGAAAAAGCAUUUGAUGUUUUUAACAACAUGCCCAAGAAGGAUCUCGUUUCCUGGAACAGUAUGCUUCAUGGUCUUGGCGUUCAUGGCCACGGUAAGGAAGCAAUUGAGCUUUUUUUAAGGAUGAGAAAGGAAGGGAUCCAGCCCGAUAAAGUUACGUUUAUUGCUGUUUUGUGUUCCUGCAACCACGCCGGUCUCAUUGAUGAAGGCAUAGAUUACUUCUACUCGAUGGAGAAAGUGUAUGAUCUUGUUCCACAAAUUGAACACUAUGGUUGUCUUGUUGACCUAUUAGGUCGAGGGGGCCGGUUAAAGGAAGCGAUUAAAGUUGUCCAAACUAUGCCUAUGCAACCCAAUGUUGUUAUUUGGGGUGCUCUUCUUGGAGCGUGCAGGAUGCAUAACAAGGUGGAUAUUGCUAAGGAAGUCCUUGAUCACCUAGUUAAGUUAGACCCUUCUGAUCCGGGAAACUAUACACUGCUGUCAAAUAUUUAUGCAGCAGCAGAGGAUUGGGCAGGGGUUGCUGAUAUAAGAUCAAAGAUGAAGAGUAUGGGAGUAGAGAAACCAUCAGGAGCUAGUUCGGUUGAAUUGGAGGAUGGGAUACACGAAUUUACAGCUUUGGACAAAUCACACCCAAAAUCUGAUCAAAUAUAUCAGAUGCUUGGUAGUCUAAAUGAACCUCCAGAUACCGGUGAGCUGGUUGCUGUUGGAUAAAUUAAUUAGUUUAUGUUCGCGAUGCAAAAAUUUCGUCAAAGCCACAUUGUCAAGAUCAUUAGGUAUAGGCUGUGUACACCAGCAUUCAACAGUCUGGUCUAGGCCAUAAAUUUGUAGUUCAUUUUCCAGAGGAACACAGAUGGUUUUAUCCUUGUAAUUCACAAAAUUGGACGAUGGAUAUUGUAUAUACGACAUAAUUCAAUCACCUUGUUUGCAA